AUGACGGUUCGGAAAAUGCGCGUCCUCGUGACUGGAUGCAGCACCGGAGGCUUAGGCUUCGCCCUCGCUAAAGCCUUUCGUGAUCAAGGCUUCUACGUACUGGCAACCGUGCGGGACGUUGGCAAGGCUGGCGCCCUCUCAGAAGAGAGAGAUAUCAAGGUCCUUGGCCUUGACGUGACCUCGGCCGACUCGAUAUCGUCCUGUCUAGCCCUGGUACGCAAAACGACAGGCGGACAGCUCGAUGUCCUGGUGAAUAACGCCGGCGCAGCCGUAUUCGGGCCACUGGUUCAUGCGUCAAUUGAGGAGGGCAAGGCGGCCUACGAUGUAAAUGUUUGGGGACUUUUGGGUGUGAGCCAGGCCUUUGCGCCUCUGCUCAUUGAAUCCAAGGGUGUCAUCCUGAAUAUUUCGUCGAUUGCCGGCGCGGUGCCGCUUGCGUGGCAAGGAUUGUACAAUAGUUCGAAAGCCGCAGCGACCUUCAUCUCUGAAACGCUGAAAAUUGAACUAGCACCAUUGGGAGUCCGAGUUGUAACUGCCAUGGUCGGCGCGAUAGGCACGCAGCUCUACAACGGUCACGAGGUCUCCCUGCCUCCAGACUCGUACUACAAGCCCAUCGAGCAAAUCAUUAAGAAGCAAUCGCGGGGCGAAAUGCAAGCACCCUUCAGUGAACCCGUCGAUGUCACUGCGCGCAAUCUUGUCAAGGACACGUUGCGAGGACGCCGCGGGCAGAUUUGGCGCGGCGGAGAGGCUGGUAGAGCCAGCGUUCUCUCGUGGCUACUGCCUACUAAGCUGAGGGAGAAAAUUCUCCACGCAGAGAGGGGGCUUUAUCAGUUAAAGUAUGAGAGAUAG